CCCAGAGUGAGGACACCAGGGGACCAGCCAGGAGAGAGACAAGCCACUCCAGGACCCCCUAGAAAUAACCUCUCAGAAGACACACCCCCGAACAGGCAGCCGGACGACUCUCUCCCUCUCACACGCUGCCCCGGGGCGCCACCAUCUCCCAGCUGGACCUGAGCCCCUCUGAAAAAGACACCAUGAGCACUGAGAGCAUGAUCCGAGACGUGGAGCUGGCGGAGGAGGCGCUCGCCAAGAAGGCCGGGGGCCCCCAGGGCUCCAGGAGGUGCCUGUGCCUCAGCCUCUUCUCCUUCCUCCUGGUCGCAGGAGCCACCACGCUCUUCUGCCUACUGCACUUCGAGGUUAUCGGCCCCCAGAAGGAAGAGUUUCCAGCUGGCCCCUUGAGCAUCAACCCUCUGGCCCAAGGACUCAGAUCAUCGUCUCAAACCUCAGAUAAGCCCGUCGCCCACGUUGUAGCCAAUGUCAAAGCCGAGGGACAGCUCCAAUGGCAGAGUGGGUAUGCCAAUGCCCUCCUGGCCAACGGCGUGAAGCUGAAAGACAACCAGCUGGUGGUGCCGACAGAUGGGCUGUACCUCAUCUACUCCCAGGUCCUCUUCAGGGGCCAAGGCUGCCCUUCCACCAACGUUUUCCUCACUCACACCAUCAGCCGCAUCGCCGUCUCCUACCAGACCAAGGUCAACCUCCUCUCUGCCAUCAAGAGCCCUUGCCAGAGGGAGACCCCCGAGGGGGCUGAGGCCAAGCCCUGGUACGAACCCAUCUACCUGGGAGGGGUCUUCCAGCUGGAGAAGGAUGAUCGACUCAGUGCCGAGAUCAACCUGCCCGACUAUCUGGACUUUGCUGAAUCUGGGCAGGUCUAUUUUGGGAUCAUUGCCCUGUGAGGGGGCAGGACAUCCGUUCCCUCCCCUGUCCAUCCCUUUAUUAUUUUACUCCUUCAGACCCCCUCACGUCCUUCUGGUUUAGAAAGAGAAUGAGGGGCUGGGGACUGGGCUCCAAGCUUAAAACUUUAAACAACAACAGCAACACUUAGAAAUCAGGGAUUCAGGGAUGUGUGGCCUGGACAACCAGGCACUGACCACCACCAAGAAUUGGAACUGGGGCUUCCAGACUCGCUGGGGUCCUUGGGUUUGGAUUCCUGGAUGCAACCUGGGACAUCUGGAAUGUGGCUGCCAGGGAAGCUUGGGUUCCAAUCGGAAUACUUCAGAACAUUCCUUGAGAAGAUUUCACCUCAAUCUUGAUGACUUUUUAGGCUUCCCUUUCUUCCAAUUUUCCAGACUUCCCUGGGAUGGGGAGCCCAGCCCCAAACCCCACAGGGCCAGCUCCCUCUUAUUUAUAUUUGCACUUGGCAUUAUUAUUUAUUUAUUUAUUUAUUAUUUAUUUACUAGUGAAUGUAUUUAUUCAGGAGGGCGAGGUGUCCUGGGAGACCCAGCAUAAGGGCUGCCUUGGUUCAGAUGUGUUUUCUGUGAAAACGGAGCUGAACUGUAGGUUGCUCCCACCUGGCCUCCUAGCCUCUGUGCCUCCUUUUGCUUAUGUUUUUAAAAACAAAUAUUUAUCUGAUCGAGUUGUCUAAAUAAUGCUGAUUUGGUGACUAACUUGUCGCUACAUCGCUGAACCUCUGCUCCCCAGGGGAGUUGUGUCUGUAACCGCCCUACUGGUCAGUGGCGAG